CAGAUCUCGGCAGACUGGACACAGCAGCACAAGCCACAUGCAGCCAGAGAGACAGACAGGUAUCUCAGACGAGUGGGACAGCUGGGACAACUGAGACAGGUGGGAAGGUGGACAUCUUGGGGACAUGGCGUGUUCCGACUGUUGCGGCCGAGCGGCGGAGAGCAGGGAGCCCAGACUGAGUCCUGAACAGCUGAGCAGGUUGCUGGGCGAUGCACAGGUGCGAGAGGACCUGCAGGAAGUGGGCGUGGCCUCUCUGCUGCCCCCUGUUGGCACAACCGUCUUCCGAAGAUUCACGAUGAAAUCGAUGCAGGAGGUCAAACAGCAGCAGGAAGCCAAGAGACAAAUGGACAAACAGGGAGACGAUGGACACCUGCACAGACUCGGUGCUCAGCUGAGGGAGGGGGAGCCCCUCCCCUUCUUCUAUGGAGCUCCGCCCCCUGAGCUCCUCUACACCCCAUUGGAGGAACUGGAUCCCUUCUACCAAUCCCAGAAGACCUUCGUGGUCCUCAGCAGGGGGGACAUCCUCCACAGGUUUGAUGCCGACUCCUCGCUGUACCUGCUGAGCCCGGUAAACCGGCUGAGGACCCUGUCCAUCAAGAUCCUCCUUAGUCCAUGGUUCCAGUGGUUCGUCCUCGUCACGCUUCUGCUCAACUGUUUGUUCAUGACGCUGCCGGACUCCCUGCUGACGGGGGUGAUGGAGUGUGUGUUCCUCGCCGUCUACUCGGCUGAAGCUCUGCUCAGGGUUCUGUCUCGAGGGUUCUGUCUGAGACCGUUCAGCUUCCUGAGAGACGCCUGGAACUGGAUCGACCUGCUGGUCCUCUGCACCGCGUUUCCUUCUCUUUUUCUGGAUUUGGGAAAAUGUCAGGUUUUGGUGAUAAUCCCUCGAGUCCUGAAGAUCUUCUCUGCCAGUCCAGGUCUGAGGAGGACGGUUGAAGCUCUGCUGGGAUCAGCCCGGCGGUUUGUGCACGUCUCCGUGGUGACGGUGGCGGUUCUGUGCCUGCUGGCCAUCGUCAGCACCCAGCUGUUCAUGGGAGACCUGCGGAACAAGUGUGUGUGGGCGCCACCCGGUCUGGACUCCAACCAGACCUCCACCCCCGGCUACGACUACAACACCGGGUUCUACAGCAACGACAACAACAACAACAGCCACAACGAGUACUACAAGCACGUCACCAACCCAGGGAAUCACUUCCGCCGUCCUGGUCACCUGGAUCCUCUCCUGUGUGGAAACCGAACGACUGCCGGGUCCUGUCCAGACGGCUUCCUGUGUCUCCGGGUGGGGGACAACCCGAACUACGGCUACACCAGCUACGACUCCUUCUUCUGGUCUCUGCUGUCCGCCUUCAGGUUCCUGACCCAGGACUACUGGGAGAACCUGAUGCAGAUGACACUGCGUGCUGCAGGAGCAGAGUACGUCUUGUUCCUGGUGCUGGCGGUCUUCCCCACCUGCUUCCUGGUGCUCAGCCUUCUUCUGGCCGUGGUUGUCAUGGUGAUAGUGGAUCAGGACAAGGCCACCAUUGACAGAAAGAAACUAAGAGAAGAACAAUUCCGAAGAAUCGAAGAAGCGCUGAUGAGGAUGAAGAAGGAAGAAGAAAAGGACGUUGGAGGCGUAGUGUUGCCAUCGGAGGGCAGUACAGUGACAGUCGCUAUGACAGAGGCGGAUGUGGACAGCACACUUUCGUCCCAUUGGCAGCGGCUCAGACUUUGGCUCCGCCUCUUCGUCCUCAGCCCACUCUUUGACCUGGGUGUCAUCCUCUGCCUCGUCGUCAACACUGUUGUCAUGGCGAUGGAAGGCUAUCCAAUGACGGAACAGUUCGAAUUAGUCUCGUCUGGUUUACACCUGGUCUUCAGCUUUAUCUUCGUGGUGGAGAUGCUCCUCAGGAUGUCGGUUCUGGGCCUCAGAGGAUUCUUCCAGGUGAGCUGGCACAUCCUGGACUUCCUGGUUGUGAUCAGCUUUCUGCUGGAAUUCUCAUUGGCUCACGUCUCGGGGGUGUCGAUGCUGCGCUGCCUACGAUUGCUGCGGAUGUUCAGGCUGGCCAGGUGGUGGCCGUCCCUGCAACUCUUCCUGCAGGUGGUCUGGUCCUCAGCCCAGAGCUUGGCCCUGGUCCUCCUGGUUCUGGUCUUCCUGUGGACCGUGGUGGGCCUGCAGCUGUUUGGCACAGACUACGUGACAAACGUCUGCCGGAUCGCGGAUGACUGCGAGCUGCCUCGCUGGCACAUGGCGGACUUGUCUCAUGCCGUCAUGCUGGUCUUCAGGGUCCUCUAUGGGGAAUGGAUUGAGACUCUGUGGGACUGCAUGGCGGUCUCUGGUCCAGGAACUUGCGUGGCCUACUUCAUCCCUAUACUAGUCAUCGGAAAACUGCUGGUUCUGUUCCUGUUCCUGAAUUUGUUUCUGAACUCGACCACAAACGAAAAGCUGGCGGCUCUGGAAGGAAAAACUGAUCCGCGGAUCAGCAAGGUAACCCAGAUAUGUCGGCGGGCUGGACAGACCCACCAGCCGGAUCACAGGACAGAGGGGCACGAAGAGGAGAGCCUGAGUCUGACCCCCAUGACCUCUGAGUCCGCUCAGGUCCACAAGGUCACAGAGAGCCCCGACGAAGACCCCAAGAAGCCUCCAACCGACCCGGGACAAAACCGAGAUGAGGAAAAUCAUAAAGAGCUCAUAGUUGAAGACUGCUGUUGCAGCUUCUGUCCUCUCCAGGACGGAGACACAUCCCGGGGUUCCUGGUCUGACUUCAGGAGAAUUUGCCUCCUCAUUGUGGAAAACAGAGUGUUUAAAGGUUUCAUGUUGUUCAUCAUCCUGCUGAGCUGCAUGGCUUUGUCAUUUGAGGACGUCCACCUGGAGGACAGGCGGGUCCUGUCCCUGGUGCUGGACUGGGCAGACCUGGUCUUCACGCUGGUCUUCCUGGUGGAGAUGGUCCUGAAGUGGUCCGGCUUCGGCUUCAGGAAGUACUUCUCAGACGUCUGCUGCUGGCUGGACUUCCUGGUUCUAGACGUGUCUCUGCUGGCCCUGGUGUUGGAGGCUGCCGGGGUCUACUGCCGGCCUCUGAGGGCUCUGAGGACCCUGAGGACCCUGUCCCGGUUCCAGGGCGUGAGGGUGGUGCUGCGCUGCCUCUGGGCGGCGCUGCCCUCCCUGGUGGACGUGCAGCUGGUGGUGCUGUUCGUCUGGCUGGCCUUCGGGAUUCUGGGAGUGAACUUGUUUGCAGGAAAGUUUUUCUACUGCUUCAACGAGACGUCACAGGAGAUCUUCAUCCCCGACGCCGUCAACAACCGCAGCGACUGUUUGGCUCUGAUAGACGCUCAGUUCAAUGAGAUCCGCUGGAAGAGAUUCCUGCUCCACUUCGACAACGUCCACGCUAGCUACGUGUCAAUGCUGAUCCUGGGUACCUCCAGAGGAUUGUUCGAUCUCCUCUAUGCAGCGACUGACUCCAGAGGGGUGGAGCUCCAGCCGGCGUUUGAGCACAGCCUCUACAUGUCGCUCUACUUCCUGGGUUUCAUGAUAUUCGGCGGCUUCUUCAGCUUCCAGCUCUUCAUCAGAGUCUUCCUCAGAGCGCUGCAGCAGCACGGCCCGCAGUUUGGAGGGAAACAUCUCUUCAUGACCGAGAAGCAGCAGAUUUACUCAGAAGGCUUCAAGAAACGGUUCAGCAGACCCUGGAGCUGCCUCCCGCCACAGGGUGCGUGCCGGUCCCGGGUCCUGGCCGUGGCGUCGUCUCGCUGGCUGGAGGCCUUCAUGAUGGCGGUGAUCUUCCUGGACGUGGUUCUUCUCGGGAUCGACUCGCUGGACGUGAGCGAGCUGACCUACGCAGUCCUGUACUUCUUCCACUUCGCCCUGAUCCUGGUCUUCCUGCUGGAGUUCCUCCUGAAGAUCACCGCUUUCGGACGCUGCUACUUCCGCAGCGCUCUGAACGUCGUGGACGUCACCGUCCUCGUCCUCUGCAUCGUCAACCUAUUCGUGUCAGACCUAAUGGAAAGGUACUUUCUGAAAAUCCACAUCCUCGUGGUUCUGCGUUUGGCCCGGUUGGUUCGCGUGCUGCGGUUCUGUAGCGCCACUCGGGGGAUUCGAACCCUGUUCCUGGGGUUCGUGAUGUCCCUCCCGGCGCUGGCCAACAUCGGCGUCCUGCUCUUCAUCCUGACCUUCAGCUUCUCCGUGGUCGGCAUGUUCGCCUUCGGACACACGCGGCCGGCGUUCUCCGUGGACGACCAGCUGAACUUCCAGACGUUCUGGAGCAGCCUGACCACCAUGACCCUGGUGGCGCCGUCCACCUCCUGGAGCGGCCUGCUGCUGGCCUUCAUGGACUCGCCGCCGGACUGUGACCCGGACCCCUUGAGGGCGGAGGUCAGAGGGGAAUGUGCCAGCCCGGUAGCAGGCGUCCUCUUCUUCGCCUCCUACAUCCUCCUCUUCAUCCUGCUGGUGGUCCUCCUCUUCAUCGCGGUCGUUCUGGAAAGCUUCAACGCCAGAAUCCCGGAGGACUCUGAGAACCCCAAGACCCCCAGGUGUCAGGUCAACCAGACAGCGGUGCCUUGCUGAAGGGUCACGAGGAAGACGCAGCAGUCGUGCUCCAGAGAGUUUUUGGGAAACACCAGCAGCAGGCUGAAGUGGGAGGGGCCUCUGAGGUGGUGGGCGGGGCCUCGCAGUCAGUGGGAGGGGCAUCUGAGAUGUAACAGCAACUUUGUCACAUCAGACUUACUGCAUGAUGAGAACCUGGAGGACUCAACUGACUGAGGCGCUCCGUUGGUCCUGCAGCCGUUCAGUCUGCUGUUCGCCCAGAUUACCAACUAACCAGAACUAGUUAGUCUGACAUUACUAAUGAAAACCGUUCCCAGCUCUGCAGCCUCAAGCUAACCUCAGUAAACUAACCUCACAACUCAUCCUUCAGUUUGAUUCUCAGUAUUCCCACUUAACUUCCAUCACAAACAACGAUUAAAGCUGCAAACAGUAUUAGUCAGGACCGAGCCGAUCCGCUGACCUGCUGACCCCUGACCCCUGACCUCGUACCUAGCUGACUGCUAAAACUAGAUUAAAAAGCUUUUAAAAGUUACCGAAAGAAAGAAGUGACUGUCAGACUUCGAUUGACAGCUGUUCUCAGCUCAGUGACGGCACCGUACGCCCAUAUAUGGUCCUGAGGGUCAGCUGGAUGGUCAGGACUGGUUCAGAGGGUCUGGUCAGGAGAAGAAGAAACACCGGAAGACCAGCAGGGACCUGGCUCUCCAGGACCUGGUCCCCACAUCUACAAUCCUCACGUUCAGACUGAGGAGGAAUUUUUCUGCUUUAUUCUCUGAAGUCUCCUCAGUAAACUCUGAAACCUGGAGAUUAUGACCUGUAAUCUGGAGUUUAUAACCCGUAAUCUGAAGAUCAUAACCCGUGAUCUCAGGGCCAGUCCGUCCUACAGGCGAAACAGUUCAUUGCCCGGGGUGCCAUGUACUGGGGGGGGCGCCGUGGCCGUACAAGGGGCGUCCCGACGGUCAGUGUGAGCCCCGCUCUGCGCCGCUCUGACGGUUCGAGUGAGCAGCGCACCAUAACCUGUAAUCUGAACACCGUGACCCGUAAUCUAAAGACCAUAACCUGCAAUCUGAAGACCAUAAUCUAAAGACCAUAACCCGUAAUCUAAAGACCAUAACCCGUAAUCUGAAGACCAUAACCCGUAAUCUGAAGACCAUAACCCGUAAUCUAAAGACCAUAACCCGUAAUCUGAAGACCAUGACCCGUGGACUCGUGUAUCGUCCAGAACCUGCAGAUUGUUCUCAGGGUGAACUGUGAUCAUUCAUCUGUGGAACAGCAGCAGAACUCGGACUGAACUCACACCAGGAGGAUUCAGCUGAGUCAGCGCUGUGGUUCUGCUGGUUUGGCGGAACGUAGAACACAGAACACGGUUCAAUGCUUCUGUAUGUAACGCAUAAUAAAGUCAAAGAGGUGAAGAA